GCGCAUCCCCGCAGCAGCCCCGCAUUAUUUCGCUCGGGCCUAUAAACAAGCAUGAGAUGGCAUUCAAAGGCAAAGCGGUCGACUCGAAGACCGUGCUCCUCAACCUGCUGCUGUGUCUGCUCAUAUUUUACUCUCUCUUCUACAUGAUCGCCAGCGUGUGCUUCGGUGCCUUCAGGCUGGAUCACUUCGACGGACUGAUCCCAUUCGACUUUAAGACCGAGCCCACUGAAUCCAACUCCAAAUACCUGGUGAACCUCCUGUCCUUGGAGCUCACCUACUUCUGCAGUGGCCUCCUGUUUGCCGCGGUGGUGAGGAGGCGGGUGUGGGACUACGCCCUCACUGUCACUCUCCUGCAUGUUGCGAUCACCAGUGUCGUGAUGUUGGAGUUCCCCAUGGUGUGGCAGUGGUGGCUGGCUUUAGGUAGCGGCUUGUUCCUGAUGAUCUGUAACGGUCAGCUGAUUGCUUAUUUCACCUGCCAGAGCGACCAGAGCUACUCCUCCAUCAGCAUCUACUGAAGAUGACAUAGUCCAGGACUGAAAAUAACUCUAUUUUUUAUUUUUUAAUUCUUUAAAAGUUAUUUAAGUUUAUUGAUUGAUUGAUUAACUUCCAACAGCUUUAUUAACACACUUGUAAAGAGGAGAAUAAGGGAUCAGACCAGGAGCUCUGGUCUUGAGACACCAGUCAGUGUUCGGCUUGUUCUGUUACCUUUGUUCUUUUCUAGAAAAGAAACUCACCUUCACGUAUUGAAGCUGCUUUCAGACACUGACUGAAGUCUGGACAUUUUCCUGCCCGCUAGUAAAAUGUCUGGCAGAGGUCAGAGUGAGCCAAAGAGAACGCAGCAGGAAAAUGUCUGGAAAAUUCACAGCAAGCGAGUGGGUGACGUAAUGGCUGCAAAAAAAAGAAUACAAAUAUCUCAGGUUGGAAAAGAUUUAGACUUUUGAGCUUUUGCUGAGGAGGGCCGACGCUAUAGUGUUGAUGUGCUGUAGCAGAACACAACAGAGAGAAAACAGCCUUCGCAUGAAUGUUGAUGUGAACAUGUCUGACCCGGACAAUUCUUCAUGUUCACCCUCCAUCUGGGGAGCUGAGCUCAGCCAUUCAGCUGCUCCUGGAUCUGCCUAAAACUAGACUUGUAACCAGAGGCGGCCGAGCCAUUGUAAAAAGCAGAUCAUUGUAAAAAGCAGAUCUCUUCUUUAUUGUUUUUAUCCCAGCAGAUUUUAUUAUCAUUACUAUUAUGAUAUAUUGCGUAUUGCUGUUUUCUUGUUGUACCUUUUACUUUGUAAGGCACUUUAGUCAACUAAGUUGUUUUAAAUGAGUUCUAUAAAUAAUAUAGACAUUGUUGACAUUGACAUAUGUCUGAACAUGGCUUUAGUCAGAGCUGGAUCCAAAGAGUGCUUAAGGAUUGUCAUGUAAAUGCCACAAGGAGAUGUUUUCUGUAUUUUGCUUCUGAUGCACAAUCCCCUUGUCACUCUGCAGGGUUUAAAUAAGACCUGUGAAGUAUUUUACCUUUGUAAACUGUGAAUGUAGAAGCUGAAUGGGAAUGUUGCAAUAUAUGUUGUGAAUCAAAGACUUAAAUUUCAAGUGUUGAACAAUGAAACUGCUUUGUGUUUAUUGUUUCAUGCCCCUUAAGCAUUGAAGUACCGAGGACUUGUGAAAUAGUGACCAGCCUAUUUCUUAUGAUGAUGACAAUACAGUUAAAAUGACUGUAAUAAAAUAUGCAAACACAUCAUUUAGUCAAGUGGAAGCAGUGAAAUAAAGCUGUUGCUGUAUUAGAGUAAGAAUCUGUUUUAAAUUAGCCUUGAUUUCAUAAUUUAUUAUGUAAAAAAAUAAAUAUUUGAACAAU